AUGUGGUCCACAGCUCGAGAGGUUGCUGCGGGUGACACGGUCAUCAUAUGGCAGACUCGAGACUCAAUCCAACCAUUGAUAAUCACUCCAGGCAAGGAUUAUAACAGCAAAUACGGAAAUUUUCGUCAAUCAGACUUCGUUGGCGUUCCUUACGGUUCAAAAGUCGUGCCGCGCAAUGGAAAGGGAUACCUCCAUAUCCUGCGGCCCACGCCUGAACUCUGGACUAUGGCUUUGCCCCAUCGCACCCAAAUUCUAUAUCUUGCCGACAUAGCUUUCAUUACCUCGUGGUUGGACAUCAAACCGGGGAGCCGUGUCAUUGAAGCUGGUACCGGUUCGGGGUCAUUCUCUCACUCCGUGGUGAGAACAAUCGGUACCACUGGCCAUUUAUGGUCCUAUGAAUUUCACGAGGCAAGGGCCAAUAAGGCAAGAGCAGAGUUCAUCCUCCAUGAAAUGUCAGAUACUGUGACCCUUACUCAUCGUAAUGUCUGCAAAGCCGGAUUUACUGUCACGAACAUAGCGGACUCGGUAUUCCUUGACCUGCCAGCGCCAUGGGACGCCGUGGGGCACGCGAAAAAGGCGCUGAGAAAGGACCGUAUCGCCCGAAUAUGCUGUUUCAGUCCUUGUAUAGAGCAAGUUUUGAGGACUGUCAGCGCACUAAAUGAUUUAGGGUUCACUGGUAUCACUAUGUAUGAGACUCUAAUAAGACCGCACGAGGUUUAUCAAAUCCCACAACCACGUCCUCUAAACGAAAUCAUUGAUAAACUGAGUAAGUCGGAGCAAAAGCGGGAGGACAAGCGACAACGGCAAAUUGCUAAUUCGAGGGGACGGAGCGCUGUAGACACCGAUAACAGCAAAAGAAGAAGGGAUGACAGUGCGGAUGAAGAGCCGGUACGAGAAGACGGGUCCAAGAGAGUUAAAGUGGACGACGGGCAAGCUCAUGAUUCAGAAGAUGAAUCCGAGCAAGUUGGGGCCCAAACCUUGGAUCAGCCAGAUAGCUCGGGGUUCGCAGGUCCGACAGAUUCGAUGCCGUCCUCAUCGCAGACGAAGAUGAAUGUAUCGAAGGCUAUGCGAGAAGUGCGAGGUCAUACUUCCUACCUCACUUUCGCAUGUUUAAUACCAUCACCUCCGGCUGGUGAGGAUAUGAAGGAAGAUGGGGACGCGAAGGUCCAAGAAGAUACGAAUGUGAAAGAAGACGAAGACAUAAAGGAAGGCGGGGAUGCGGAAGUGGUGACGGACUUGACUUCAUAA